AUGCGUAGGCAUCUGAUUAUUCUGGCGGUUUGUACAGUGGCCCUGGCACAGAAGAAGGCCAGACAAGCCAGUAACACCGAAAAUCUGGGCGAUGACUACUCAGACUUUGCUGCGCAACCAGUCAAAAAUGCCGGAGCCAACCAUGAGCUGAAGCAAGUGACCUAUUCAACAAUUGCUCCAAAAUUUGAUAUCCCAACACGAGCACCACUUCUGAAUCCAAACCCAAUUGGUCACUCUCCAGUACAAGCUACCACGAGGAAGCCAGCCGUCGUUGACUACAGAAGAGGAUACUUCUUCCAGCACUAUCCAUGGGAUAGACUUCCAAGAAGAUAUCUUCUUCGCCCUGGAAUGACCUACGUCUACCCACCACAAUACCAUCAUGCCACUUAUCGCUACCCAUAUCUUCCAUACACCGAUCACUACAGUAUCUACCGUACUCACCCAGGAAUCGGAUCUGGAUGUGGUGGAGGAGGAUGCGGUGGUGGAUACCCACAAUCUGGAUAUGGUGGAUACCAAGGAUAUGGGCAAUACAGCAGCGGAUGCAGUGGAGGAAGUGGGUCCGGAUGUGGUGGAUAUGAUGAUGAUGACGAUGAGGAUUCUUAUGAGGAUAGUGAGGAGGGGGAUGGAAAGAGUGGAGAGGCGAAGAUCAACAAGAAGGAUCCAUUGGAGGAUUUAGAGUUGGAAGAUUUGGAGAAGCUAUCCAAAUCUGAUGACGCGAAGUCUUCGUCUACUUCUGAUGCAGCCACUUCUGAAGAUUCUGAUCUGGAAGCAGAGCCAAUUGAAAUCAAGAAGACCGGAUCUAGCUCCAGAUCUGGUUCCAAAAGCAAACAUUUGGAUGACGAUGAUUUGAUCGAUGACCGGAAGAAGGCGAAGAGAAACUUUUUGAUCAAAUGGGCUUAA